GUAUGGCCAACAAGAGUGAGGAGGGUAGCUUUUACAAUGGUUACGGUGCCCAGAGUUCAUCAUCCCUCCCAGGUGCUUCAGGGACAGGUAGUGGUUCGCGGUCAGCUACUGGUCACAGUUCAUCAUCCCUCCCAGGUGCUUCAGGGACAGGUAGUGGUUCGCGAUCAGCAACUGGUCACAGUUCAUCCUUCCACGAUCAACAACGAUCAACCACAGCAGGACUACCUGUCUCCCGCAACACCUCCUGUAAGUCCAAGUCAAAGAAGGUUCCUGGCGCUGAAGGGGGACUGACAUCUGUCUGCUGUGCAUCGCUGGUGGGACAGCAUGAUGUCAGGAAGAGCAGAGCAGAUCCUGUUCCUCAAGGCUACAGUGGAGCAUCUGCAUAUGGAGAACGGCAGUAUGAUACCCACCUUGGUAUCAGUGUCCGCAUAUAUUCCGGCGAUAUAUCUAAAUCUGAAGUAGAUGCCAUCACAACUAGCGAGGGUUGGGAAGUUAGGCAAAAGAGCCAGGUGACAAAAUCUAUUUCUAACCUUCUUGGAACACGCUUUGAAGAAAGAAGACAAAAUUUGUUCACUUCACAUGGAGGAGAAUUACAGAAAGGGAAGGUGUAUGACACACAAACGAUGAGUAAAGAUCAUGUUAAAUACCAAUAUGUGCUGCAUGCAGUCUUUGAUUCCACAACUUUGGGCGAUAUGAGCAAGCUGUAUUACGAAGUGUUUAAAAAAUCAGAUGAGCUCAACCUGACCACAGUGGCUGUUCCAUUACUGGGUACAGGCAGAGGUCACAUCAAGGUGGAAAAUGCUGUCGGAGACUUAGCACAUGGUUUACUCUGCUAUGCAAGACAAAGGCCUAAAAGUUAUACAAAGCAUCUUACGAUAGAGAUUGUAACACCAGAUGUGAAAUGUAUUGACUUCAUCUAUAAUGAAAUUGAAAAGAGUUUUAACAGCCCAACAGAGUCUGCAUCAACAGUUCAAAGUGGUACAUCAAUGUCCAAAACAACAUCCAAGAAACAACCACAAUCUUCAGCUCAAGACACCUCAGACUUUGGAAACAACACUCUCGGAGCUGAUGCUCACCAUCACUCUGAUCGAAGCAAUGCACACAAAACUGGCCCACAACUGAGAUCACAUCGAGCCACGACAAUAAGGAAUGGAGUUAUGGUGGCUGCCUCAGAAUCUGAGAAAGCCAGUGCUGGUGCCUUCCAUGCUCCUUAUGAUGAGUCAGAAAUGACCAGUUUGGAAGCUGGAACUGAAAGUCUGUCCCUUCGUGGUGAUGUUUCAUUCGGACAGUCCCUUGGACAUCAUAGUGCUACUGAUGCUGGUAACGCUCCUCCUCGGGGAGGGAGAGCGCAAUGCAAUCAGUUUGAUCAACAUUCCAGCUCAGCUGAAGUUGAAGAUGAUUUGAAUGAGAGAAACAGAUUAAGUCCUGAAAAGCAGCCUGAGCCUGAUGGUACCGAUAUUGGCAGUUCAGAAGAGGAAAUCUGCCCCAUUUGCAUGGAUGUGAUCCAAAAUUUAAAAGUAUUGCACAAAUGUGGUCAUAAAUUUUGCAAAGAAUGCAUUGAAGACAGCUUCAGAAGAUAUAAGCCUGUCUGUCCAUCAUGUCUGACUGUGUACGACGUCAUCACUGGCAACAUGCCACAUGGAAGAAUGUCUGUGCACAGGGCCCCCUACCCCAGUCUCCCAGGAUAUGAGGGAAGUGGCAUCAUCACUAUAGAGUACCAUUUCCCAAAUGGAACUCAGACAAAAGAUCAUCCACACCCUGGCCGGGGCUACCAUGGAACGUCACGUGUUGCUUUCUUGCCACAAAACAGUGAAGGGGAGAAGGUGUACAGACUUCUGAAACUGGCGUUUGAUCGGAAACUGACUUUCACAGUUGGCAGGUCAGCAACCACUGGCCGUGACGAUGUUGUCACCUGGAACGACAUCCACCACAAGACCAGUAUGGAUGGUGGUCCCACAAGAUUCGGCUACCCGGAUGCGACAUACUUGUCCAGGGUUCAGGAGGAGCUGGCCAGUAAAGGCGUCACUGAGGAUCAGCUGUAGAGCAAACCCUAAUAUCACUGGGAGCUGGCCAGUAAAGGCGUCACUGAGGAUCAGCUGUAGAACAAACCUGAUAUCACUGGGAGCUGGCCAGUAAAGGCGUCACUGAGGAUCAGCUGUAGAGCAAACCCUGAUAUCACUGGGAGCUGGCCAGUAAAGGCGUCACUGAGGAUCAGCUGUAGAACAAACCCUGAUAUCACUGGGAGCUGGCCAGUAAAGGCGUCACUGAGGAUCAGCUGUAGAACAAACCCUGAUAUCACUGGGAAGAUAGAGCACAGUUGGCCUGCUCAUCACGCCCACUGUGCGGAGUUAUAUCCCUUUCCUGAGUCAGAAACCCAUUACUGUGGGAUGUGAAUCCUGGCACACCUUGAUUAUAGGGUUCCUGUCUGUGACAAUGGAGACAAUACUCAUUCAGGGCUCGAUUUAGUGCUUUGUUACUUGCACUGGUGCAACCCAAUGUUACAAAGUGCAACCUAGUCAUGAGCCUAAGUCAAUUUUGGAGAAAUAGAUCAACAAUAAAUCUAACAUUAUACACAUAAAUAUGUCCUCUCAUUUUUCUUCUAAACUUUGAAUAACUAUGGCACUGAAACAUUGCUAUUCAUAGACAUGUCUCGGCUAUGACACCUCUUGUAAACUGGGAUCAGCUGUGUGUCUCUGUGUUACUAUGGUUUCACGGGAAACAUCACGGAAAUAUGUUUAUGUGCACCGAAACCUCUGACAUUUUAACACACUACGUUGCAGCUGGAAUUUGGCUGGUGUAACUAGGUCUUUAUCUUAGGUUGCACCUGCUGCAAGUAGGUUAACAUCUCUUAAAUCGAGCCCUGUCAUUACUACAAUUUCUCAUAAACGUGCUACAAAUAUUUGUUCACAAUUGGGUACAUAUUCACCAGAUCAUACAGAUUUUUCCAGAUAUCUCUACAGGAUUUAAAGUAGGUACUCAUUACAGAAAACAGAAUAUAUUUGUUUGUAUGAACCCGAAGUGAGAAAUGUUGACCUGUAUGAGAUCAUGUGAACAAUGAACGAAAUGUUCAGAAUUGUCAAACAAUUUAUGAUACAGGGA